AUCAUCCUCUACCCUCAUUUCUAUUAUCCAUCUGGUACUAUUGCAUUCCUCAAUAUGGUUCAAAUCAAGGCAGUAGCCCUGGCUAUCUUUUUCGCUGGCCAAGCACUUUCCGGGCCUCUUGACCCCCGACAGGCAUCUGUGAGCAUUGAUGCUAAAUUCAAGACACACGGAAAGAAAUAUUUUGGAACUAUUGGCGAACAGUACACUUUCAACAAGAACGCAAAGACCCCGGCAAUUAUCAAAGCCGACUUCGGUCAAUUGACACCCGAGAACAGUAUGAAGUGGGAUGCUACUGAGCCAAACCAAGGACAGUUCUCCUUCUCAGGGUCGGACUAUCUGGUCAAUUUUGCUCAAUCAAAUGGGAAGUUGAUCCGUGGCCAUACUCUAGUGUGGCACUCUCAGCUCCCAUCCUGGGUGUCUUCCAUUUCAGACAAGACCACUCUGACCAAUGUCAUGAAGAACCACAUUACAACAGUCAUGAACCGUUAUAAGGGCAAGAUCUAUGCCUGGGAUGUUGUGAAUGAAAUCUUCAACGAGGACGGUUCCUGCGCAACAGUGUAUUCUACAAUGUUCUCGGAGAGGACUUCGUACGAAUCGCUUUUGAAACAGCUCGCGCUGUUGAUCCAAAUGCCAAGCUCUACAUCAAUGACUACAAGUGAGUCUCAGCCAAUUCCCAUUCCCAUUAUUAUUUGUUUCUCGUGUCUAAUUCUGAUCUUGCAAAGCCUGGAUUCUGCCUCCUAUUCUAAAGUGCAGGGUAUGGUCAGCCAUGUCAAGAAGUGGAUUGCUGCCGGUAUUCCAAUUGACGGAAUUGGCUCGCAAACCCACUUAGGUGCCGGUGGCGCCCUUAAUGCUCUGGCAGGUGCGGGAACGAAGGAAGUUGCCAUCACCGAGCUUGAUAUUGCUGGCGCAAGCUCUACCGACUAUGUGAACGUCGUCAACGCCUGUUUGAACCAGCCAAAGUGUGUCGGAAUCACAGUUUGGGGAGUGGCUGACCCUGAUUCGUGGCGGUCCAGCUCCAGCCCUCUGCUUUUUGAUGGUAACUACAAUCCCAAGGCUGCAUACACCGCUAUCGCAAACGCCCUCUAG